AUGGGAAUGUUCAAGGAAAUAGAGCCACGAUUAAGUUACAAGCAUAUCACAGGUGUAAAUGGACCAUUGGUUAUUCUAGAUAACAUAAAAUACCUGAAAUAUUCUGAGAUUGUGCAGCUAACGCUACCAGAUGGAACAAUGAAGCACGGGCAGGUGCUUGAGGUCUCUGGGAAGAAAGCAGUGGUUCAAGUCUUCGAAGGAACCACAGGAAUAGAUGCAUGUAAAACACAAGUCACGUUCACAGGGGAUGUUCUGAAGAUGGACGUGAGUGAAGAUGCACUAGGCAGAAUAUUUGAUGGCAGUGCCAAUGUAAUAGAUGGUGGACCAGGGAUAAUUGCAGCAGACCGUGUCAGCAUCGAGGGACAGCCAAUAAACCCACAGGCACGCGUGUAUCCUGAGGAGAUGAUUCAAACAGGGAUCUCUGCUAUUGAUACGAUGAAUUCAAUUGCAAGAGGCCAGAAAAUACCAAUAUUUUCAGGAUCAGGUUUGCCUCACAAUGAGAUUGCAGCACAAAUAUGUAAACAGGCUGGAUUGGUGAAAAGGAAGGAUGCGUUGGACACCUCUGAAGAGAACUUCUGUAUCGUAUUCGCAGCAAUGGGCGUGAACAUGGAAACGGCGAAAUUCUUCAGGGAAUCAUUUGAAGCAAAUGGAUCACUAGAAAGAACGGCAUUUUUCCUAAACCUGGCCAGUGACCCAACAAUCGAAAGAAUCAUAACGCCAAGACUGGCAUUAACUGCAAGUGAAUACCUGGCAUACGAGACUGAAAGACACGUUCUGACGAUAAUGACGGAUUUGAGUUCAUAUGCAGACGCAUUACGAGAAGUUUCUGCAGCACGAGAAGAGGUUCCAGGUCGUAGGGGAUAUCCAGGUUACAUGUACACCGACCUGUCUUCUUUAUACGAGCGUGCAGGACGUAUUGAAGGAAAGAGUGGCUCCAUUACACAGAUUCCGAUACUAACAAUGCCUAAUGAUGACAUAACACAUCCAAUUCCAGAUCUAACUGGAUACAUUACAGAAGGCCAAAUUUACGUAGACAGACAAAUGCACAAUGGUGGGAUAUAUCCACCAAUAAACGUGCUACCAUCUCUAAGCAGACUCAUGAAGAGUGCAAUAGGCAGCAGUCGCACCAGAAUAGACCAUUCUGACGUAUCAAACCAGCUUUAUGCAAAAUAUGCAAUUGGAAAAGAUGCAUUGGCAAUGAAAGCUGUGAUAGGAGAAGAGAGCCUGAGUGAUGAAGACCGUUUAUCGAUACAGUUUCUACAUGAAUUUGAGAAAACAUUCAUUUCACAGGAGAAUGACGAGAACAGAACGAUAUUCGAAAGUCUCGACAAAGGAUGGGAGUUGCUCAGGUUGUUUCCGAAACACAUGUUGAAUCGAAUUCCAAAGGAUAUCCUGGAUGAAUUCUAUUAA